AUGGUUGUCAGGACUGGCUGGUUGCUAGGUAACAAGCUGAACAAGGACUUGAAGCACUACCUGAGCCUGAGGUUUCAGAAGUCCUCCCCCGACCAUGAGCUCCAACAGACCAUCAGAGCUAACCUCUACCACCAUGCUGUGCCUUGUACGACACGCCCCCCUCGAGACGGGGAGGUGUCCGGGGUUGAUUACAACUUCCUGUCCGUGGAGGACUUCCUGAACCUUGAGCAGAGUGGAACACUACUGGAAAUAGGAACGUAUGAAGGUAACUAUUAUGGGACCCCCAAGCCGCCGAGGCAGCCCGUGGUUGGGUCAGUGAUUCUCAGUGAUGCUGUGCUCCUCGACGGCUCCCAGCAGUCCACUCCCAAGCACACCAAGUCCUACAAUGACAUGCAAAACGCCCAAGUAGUACCUGCUGACUACGAGGAUGACGACCAGGCCACAGAAAUGAACAACAGUUUUACAGGUAACCCUAGCGACCAGGACGAGAGCUGCGGCGGUGUUCUACGGCCGUACCCCGCGCGUGAGAACGCUCCGUCCUAUGGUCUGAACAACGUGGCUGCCUCCACCUCGGACAGCGGGCAGCAGACACACGCCCAGCCCCAGGCCUCCCCAGAAGAUCCCCUAGGACCCCUGCCAGGCAACUGGGAGAUGGCCUACACCGAGAACGGAGAAGUCUACUUCAUAGACCACAACACAAAGACCACAUCGUGGAUCGACCCUCGCUGUCUGGAGAAACCUCUAAAACCUCUGGAAGAGUGUGAGGAUGAUGAAGGGGUACAUACUGAGGAACCGGACAAUGAGCUAGAGCUGCCUGCUGGAUGGGAGAAGAUAGAUGACCCAGUGUAUGGGGUUUACUACGUAGAUCACAUCAACAGGAAGACCCAGUAUGAGAACCCCAUAGUGGAGGCUAAACGCAGGAUGCAGCUGGAGCAGCAGCAGCCGCAGCCUCCUGAAGAGUGGAUAGAGGAACACUCCUCAGCUGGUGCUCCCCUGGCCGUCUAUGCCAGUAACCACCUGGAGACAUACCGUGACCCCCAGGUCCCGCCCCCAAUGCCCCCUCCCCCGGGAGGGACCAAACGAGGGAAGCCGUUCUUCACACGGAACCCAGCAGAACUGAACGGAACCUUUAUCAACACCAAACUGAAGAGCCGCCGUGGGUUCGGUUUUACCGUCGUCGGGGGUGACGCGGAUGAGUUUCUCCAGAUCAAGAGUCUUGUCCUGGACGGUCCUGCUGCUGUGGAUGGGAAGAUGGAGACAGGUGAUGUCAUAGUGAGUGUGAAUGACAUCAUCGUGCUUGGUUACACUCACGCCCAGGUGGUGAAGAUCUUCAGUCAUCCGAUCGGCUCCAUGGUGGUGGCCUGUGCCGGCGGCUACCCCCUGCCCUUUGACCCUGACGACCCCAACACCAGCCUGGUGACCUCCGUGGCCAUCCUGGACAAGGAGCCCAUCAUCGUCAACGGCCAACAGAGCUACGACUCCCCAUCCAGCCACGGCAGCCAGACCGGAGGCCCCGUUAACGGGAUGAGGGAGCCGCGGGCCCUCAGCCCCUCGGCGGAGGUGGCGUCCAACGGCUCACACGGCUACUCCUCCAGUGACGUGGUCACCCUGGCGUCCUCCAUCGCCGGGCAGCCCGAGCUGAUCACGGUGCACAUGGAGAAGGGCGAUAAGGGCUUUGGGUUCACAAUCGCUGAUAGCUUGACGGGUGGGGGUCAGAGGGUGAAGCAGAUUGUGGACUACCCCCGCUGCAGGGGCCUGAAGGAGUCAGACAUUCUGAUGGAGGUGAACAAGAGGAACGUCCAGAACAUGACUCACAACCAGGUGGUGGACCUGCUCAGCAAGUGUCCCAGAGGCAGCGAGGUCAGCAUGCUGGUGCAGAGAGGAGUGGUGCCGGCCAAGAGGAGCCCCAAGCUGGUGCAGCAGCUGGAGAGGAAGGACAGUCAGAGCAGCUCCCAGCACAGUGUGUGCAGCCAUCGCAGCACCCACACAGACUCUCCCAGCCACCCCUCCUCCAACAUGCCCAGUGAGGCCGUAGGCCCCCCUCUGGCCGCCCCCACCCAGCUGCUGCCUGGCCUGCCUCCCCUGCCCACCCAGGACCCUGGAGAUGGUACCAUGACCCUCCAGAAGAAGCCAGACCCCUUCAAGAUCUGGGCCCAGUCCAGGAGCAUGUAUGAGAGCAGACAGCCAGAUUGCCAGGAGCAAGAGAUCUUCCUGUGGCGGAAGGAUACAGGUUUUGGGUUCCGCAUCCUGGGAGGAAAUGAGGCUGGAGAGCCGAUCUACAUUGGGCACAUAGUGAAGUAUGGAGCAGCAGAUGAGGACGGGCGUCUGCGUUCGGGGGACGAGCUCAUCUGUGUGGACGGCACGGCGGUGGUGGGCAAGUCUCACCAGCUGGUGGUGCAGCUGAUGCAGCAGGCCGCCAAGCAGGGCCACGUCAACCUCACUGUCCGACGCAAGAGCUCAGGAUACGGAGUGGGUAAAGGGGAGGGUGACGUGCCCCCGUCCCCGGCCUCGUCGCACCACAGCAGCACCCAGGCCCCCUCCCUGACGGAAGGCAAGCGGACCCCCCAGGGCAGCCAGAACUCCCUCAACACAGUCAGCUCCGGCAGUGGCUCCACCAGUGGGAUCGGCAGUGGGGGAGGAGGGGGCUCCGGCAGUGCUGUGGUCCCCGCAGCCCUGCAGCCAUAUGACAUGGAGAUCCAACGCGGAGAGAACGAGGGCUUCGGAUUCGUCAUUGUGUCGUCGGUCUCCAGGCCUGAUGCUGGGACUACUUUGGGGCGCAUCAUCGAGGGGAGCCCUGCGGACCGCUGUGGGAAACUGAAGGUUGGCGACCGCAUCCUGUCCGUCAACGGCUGCUCCAUCACCAACAAGUCCCACUCGGACAUCGUCAAUCUGAUCAAGGAGGCAGGGAACACCGUCUCUCUGAGGAUCAUUCCGGGUGACGAGUCCUCCAAUGCGUCUCUGUUGACCAAUGCUGAGAAGAUUGCCACCAUCACCACCACGCACACACCCCAAACUGCCACAGAGCCUCGGAAUAACUCAAAGUUGAAACAGGCUCCUCCUCCACCUCCUCCAACACAAGCAUUGCCCUCACAGGAUGCAGAGUUCUAUUCUGUGGAUCUGGAGCGGGACAUAGGCUUUGGGUUUAGCCUGAGAGGAGGACGGGAGUACAACAUGGACCUUUAUGUGUUGAGGCUCGCUGAGGAUGGGGCGGCUGUCAGGAAUGGCAAGAUGAGGGUGGGAGAUGAGAUCCUGGAGAUCAACAGCGAGAGCACGAAGAACAUGAAGCACGCACGCGCCAUCGAGCUGAUCAAGAAUGGUGGCCGGAGGGCACGCCUGGUCCUCAAGAGGGGCGAUGGAUCUGUUCCUGAAUAUGACGCCAGCCAUGACGGGCACUCUCCCACACCCGGGGAACAAGACUCUCCGCAAGUGAGAACCCUGCCACCAAACAGCCGAUAUCACACCUCAUCGGAGUCCAGUUAUCCACCAGACCUUCACAAACCAUCACGCCAUGAGGAUGCUGGACAGGGCCGAGACAGGGACAGGAUGGAGCACUCGGGCCGGCACUUUAACCACCACCACCAUCACACCUGGAACAACAACCACACCACCUCCAGACAACACUCCCCGGACAACAGCACCAGCGGCGGGAACAACAAGAAGAGUCUUGGCCGCAAAUUCAAGAAGUCUGACUCGGAGAGCGGCAUCUCGAAACUCUUAAAGACUCUGCGCAAGGACAGCUCUGGAAAGAAGGCUGCAGCGGCGGAGAAAGAACGAGAGCGCUCCGCUAGUAGCAGUACUCUGGACCAGAGAUCUGGUCGACCGCGCCGCGGCUCCCUCGACCGCUCGCCCACCCGUAAACGCAACACUUCCCCUGACCGACGGCGGGCCAAGUCCAUGGACCGCAGGGCAGAGCGAGUACACCGUGACUGCACACCUGAGAGGGAGUAUGACGACGGAGGGUUUCUCAGUCAUGCAGCCACUCCGGAACGACCACUCUAUGACCGUAGGCUCCUGAGGGAACCACAGACCCCAGGCAGAGCCUACAUGGAGGCCACCACCCCAGAACGCCCCAACAACGGGGCCUCCUCCCUGUCUCGCUCCAGGGGCCGCACGACUGACAUGAAGGCCACCACCCCAGAACGCCCCAACAAUGGGGCCUCCUCCCUGUCUCUCUCCAGGGGCCGUACGCCCGACAGAGGCAGCCUGAAGAACGGCAACCUCCCGAUGGACUCGUCGGCCGAGACGAGGGAUGAGAGCUACGGGAUAAACGGAACUCCAGAGAGACGCUACAGGUCAGAGAGAGACUCAUCUCCAAACAGCAGCUCCAGCAGGGAGGAGCUGAACUACGCUGCAGCGCCUGCUUCCAGACAGAAGGAUUACUACAGCACACUGAAGAACAACUCCUCCGCUCACCACAACGCCGGCUACAACAAUGCAGGACUUAGCAACAAGGGAGGACAACACCACAACAACGCAGUAGGCCGUGCCCCGAACCAGUUCCCAGAGCCUAAGAGAAGGUUUUACAAAGAGAGCCCCAAGGACCUCAGCAUCUGAGUGGACAGAGCCUGGCUUCUCAGCCCUUGAUCUGUAGAGACCACAGUAAAUACACUGGACUUAGACUUCUGAGGAGAUUGACUCAUGUGAUUUAUCUGAUUGCUUGAUUAAUUUGACUACUUGUGAUCCCAGACAGAGAUUCAUACCACAGCAGGAGUACAAUCUUUGUUUUAGUUCUUACUGUACGUUUCUGUUCUCGUUAUUUUGAGCAUAACUGAGGUUGUUAAUACUCUAGUGAAGGUAUGUGUAUGUGCCUAUCAAAUUACAAAUGGUGAUUUAGCUUUUUUAUAGGCGUCUCUGACUCCACGUGUUCCCUCGGAGGUUUCGAACAUGCUCCUUACUGUGCUACCAGGUACUUCAUGAUGAGCUUGUUUUAAUAUGUUUUUAGAUGUUGUUUUCCACCCCAGAAUUGCUUUAUAAAGCAAACUAUAGCACAAGACGUUGGCAGUACAGACAUUUUAUGGACGACUGCAGUGAAAACCUUAGAGAAUAUCAUACAAAACGAAGGCAAACAAACAUUUUAGAACCAAUGGUCAUUUUAGAAUGAAGUAAUAUAUUUCAAAUAAUACUUUUUACAUUUGACUGCUAUUUAUUUUCAAUUGGCACACACAAUGAGGAAGCUCGGUAAAAGGACCAAGUUAUACGCCCGAUAACCUGAAAAUAAUAAUAAUUUUUACCCCUGCUGGAUUUGCUGUAGAAUUAUAAUUUUUUUAAUCUAAGUUGGUAUGGCAUGCCCCUUUCUUACCAAGCCCACAAACCCCAAAAAAUCAGAGGGGAAAGCAGACCACCUAUUGAGAAAAACACCAGAUAUUGUUGAUAUUCCUCUCACAGAGCAGACAAGUCUAAAAACCCACCAGGAUCUGAGGCUGUUUUGGGUUCCUGUUUUUCAGUGUGUCUAGUAAUGAUGAGCCAAGGAGGAAAACAAAACAAAAUUCUCGCAGUAAGAGGUGUCUGAGUACACUGCCUGUGGUGGAAAUACAAUUGAACAAAGUUUUGUAUUCCUGCUCAGAGGACAGUAGAAGCAACAAGUUACCUGACAGGAGCCUGUAACAUAAAACCUACUUCACAGUUAUACACAGCAUGGAGAGGUUCACCGAGAGGUCAAGUGGUUUUAAAGUAACCACAGUCCUAUAAUGACUUGAUCCUACAAAUGUAGGCUGCUUAUUUGAUCCCCCUGUUUCAGGAGAUUAUGUGGAGAAAAAUAUAGCAGAUAUUGAUCAACGGCCCAUUGAUCCUAUGCAGGUGAUAUGGAAGUAUUUCUCAAGUUCCUCUCUUCCUCUCCCUGCCCAAGGAAAUUAGGUGAUGAUGUAAUAAUGUAAGGGACGUUGUUGCGAUGAUAACGGAUGGAAAGUUCCAGUACAGAAGUGGGCCUAUCUGCCAUGCUGAGCCAUGCUGUCACACCACUGGAGUCUGACUGCUGCUUUAACCGUGUGUAUUCUCUGUUUUAUGUUUCACUAAACRGCUAAAAAGAUAUAGGAAAAUCCACAACAAAUGCAUUGUUUUAUCACUGUUGUUGCCAUGGUACUGUAAAAAAGAAAUACAAACAAAAAAAAGAAAACAUUUAAAGACGUUAACCUGCCGGCCACCACCUGUACAGAAUUUCAAUAUGUUACUAAUAGGAACCCAUUGAGGAAUAAAAUGUUGCCUUUUUCUUGUACAAAAGAGAAAUUUAUGGGAAACCUCUGCAGUGAGGAAUGUGAUAGUGUUUAUAUUUCUGAAAUGGACCUGAUGAUUCAUGGGAAAUAUGUUAAUGUACUCUGAAUCAGGUAUGUAAAGACAUUCUAAAAAUGGACGACUUUAUUUGGUCAAUCAGAAGCUGUUUGUUGGUUUGAAUAUCUCUCGAUGGUUAGCCUGCCUUUUUAUUAUAAAGCACUUGUAUGCAGUCUGUGUUCUUUAAGCAUUAUUGCAAUGUGCUCCAGACAUAAUGCUAUCUCUGUGUUGAUAAAAGCAUUACAUGUAUAUGGGCCAAUCUUUUUUUAUAAAACACUAUGCAUAUAUAAAUACUACAUUGUUCAUAGCUUUAUUUAACCCAUGAAGCUAUACAUAACAUUAGUCUAAGUACAAGUAGAUGUGGACUUAACCAGUAAAGCUUCUUUCCUUGAGAUGGAUCACAAUGUAUAUGUAGCUAUCAAAAAGAAGUCUGUGAAUGCUAUUUUUAUUAUCAAAUAAAGUUUUCCAUACAAAUUCAAAAGGAUCUUUCUCCACAGUGGCUUGCAAUUAUAUUCUCAGGAGAUUCCUAUUGAUAUGAUUGACAUUGUAGAGUCCCUUUGGAGUGCAGCAUUCUCAGAUUGAUUUAUUAUUCACCAAGGUAGUAAGCACACUGCUUUAGUAACAGGAUAUCUGCAAAAAAA